AUGGACAACAUCGAGCCAUUAGAUGAGGCAAUUUACCUUAUAGAGAUAAAUGAAGUUGUUAAGCAGUACUUGGGCAAGGACAAAGCCAACAAGUCCCUCGGCUUCUGGUUGUCUGGAAGGGCUGCUUUGAAUCUCGAAACUUCGACUGGAAUUGUCCUGCAAAUACCAGAAAACACUUCUGUAGACGACAUAAAGGAGAUGAAGAAAGAAUCUCUUCUCAAGUUCUUUGCAAAGCACCCAUGGAUACAACUUCCAAACAGAGAGAGUCCAAUUCCACGAAUUAUACAAAUUCUCAGAGCACUGUUCCACUUCUCUGGUCAGCCGUUCUACAGAACCUGUGAAGGCGACAUUCAGCCAGUUCAGUAA